UAAGUCAAUGUGCCCUCUAAACGCUCUUUAAAUGGAUUUAACAAACACGAAUUGUUAGGUUACACACUCCGCUACAGUAGGUAGGACUCAGCACCGGAAGUCGUCCCGUCAGUGAAACCACAGAAGAAGAAGCAGCACAUCACACGUCCUUGAGCCGCAGAAGGAGCUUCACAUUUAAGACUCUUAUUGCUCGCGGACUUGAACCAUGGCGGUCCAGGUGACGGAGUCCGACCAGGUGAAACAGUUUAAGGAGUUCCUGGGGACCUACAACAAGGUGACGGAGAACUGCUUCAUGGACUGCGUUAAAGACUUCACCACCAGGGAGGUGAAACCGGAAGAGUCGAGCUGCUCUGAAUCGUGUCUGCAGAAGUACCUGAAGAUGACUCAGCGGAUCUCCAUGAGAUUCCAGGAGUACCACAUCCAGCAGAACGAGGCCCUGGCUGCCAAGGCCGGACUACUGCACUGACCUCUAAUGUCAAACAAAUGGACCAAGUUCAAUAUUUUUUUCUAUUUCUAUCUGGAAAUAAAAUCAUUUCCCUGUGGAGUGGGCUCAGGACGCAGCAUGAAACAAAGAGCUGUUUAUUGUACAAUUCCAACAUGGCUUCCAUUCUCAGGUCAGUGUUAGUGUAUUUACAUAAAAAAGUUCAUUAUACGACAGCCUGCUCGUACAAAUGUUAGAAAUCAUUCUUUACAGGAUGUGAAACCAAGUCGUCAAUCACCCAGAGCUGGUAUUUACAAAAGAGAGCCGUCUGUCUGAGGCACCACAGAAGAUCAAAGAAUAAAAUAUAACAUGUUAAACCUUCA